ACGCGGCGCCCGGCCAUGCCGAAGGGAGCGCGUCCGGCGGCGGCCAAGCAGGAGGAAUGGCGGGGGAGGGCGAGGGGGCCGGACCAGCCGGUGAAGAAGGGCAAGAAGGACCGGCGGGGCAAGAAAUCGUUCUUCGAGGAGCUGGCGGAGGAGGAGAAGGCGGCGCCGGCCGAAGCCCCCACCCCCCCGGAGAAGGAGGCGCCGCCUCAGCAGGCCUCCCGGAGGAAGCGAGACCGGCGGAAAGAGCGGCGACGGCCGCCGGGGGCGGAGCCUGAGCCCGAGGAGGUGGAGCUUAGCCGGCGGCUGCAGGAGCUGGCGGCUGCUGGCAGCGAGGAUGAGGAGGAGGAAGCACCAGCCCCCAGGAAAGGGGGGAGGAGGAAGAAGGGUGGGAAUGUCUUUGCGGCACUGAGCCAGGGGCAGAGCGAGGAAGAUGAGGAGGAGGAGGAGGCGGCGAGGAGGGACGAAGGCUCACGGCCAGGCAAAGGCAAAAGCAUCAAGGAGGAAGAGGAGGGUGAGAAGAAGAAGAAGAGCCGCAAGAACGAGAAGAACAAGGGGAAGCGGCAGGGAAAAGCCGCCAGCGAGGAUGAGGACGAAGGCUCUGAGGAGGACGCGCGGCCCAAAGGCGGGAAGAACAAGUUUGCGGCUCUGCGGGAUGAGGAUGAGGAGGAAGACGAGGCUGAAGAGCGGCGGAAGGGCAGCGAGGAGGAGGAGGAGGAGGAGGAGAGCGGGAAGAAGGCCGAGCCCGACGCCCGCGUUAGCAAGAAGGAGAAGAAGAAGCUGAAGAAGCAGCUGGAGUACGAGCGCCAGGUCGCCACCAUGAAGGCGGCGGCGGCGACGGGGGAGAACGACUUCGCCGUGUCGCAGGCCGAGCUCUCGUCGCGACAGGCCAUGCUGGAGAACGCCUCCGACAUCAAGGUGGCCCCCCAAAACCCCCCCAGGACCCUUCAACCCACCCCGGGGCCCCCAAAACCUACCCCAACCCCCCCAGGAUCCCCAGAACUUCCCAGGACCCUUCAACUCCCCCCCUGGGAUCCCCAAAAUCCCCCAGGACCAUCCAUUCCGCCCCACCCCGGGGACCCCCCCAAACGUCUCUGGAAUAACCCCAAAACUCCACUGGGACCCCCCAAAACCACUCCUGAGUCACCCGCUCACCCCCAGUGA